UAUUGGUUCAGGAUAUUACAAAAUAGGAUACAGCCAUGCUGGAAAAAAAAAAAAACUUUCAGAUCACCAAAGACCUCAUCCUUCAAUGUCCUCAUUCAGCCGGUCUAGUGGCAGUCUAUAAAUGUAAGUAGCCAUUAGGGAAUGUAGGUGCUCAUCACAGAGAGAGAGAGAGAGAGAGAGAGAGAGAGAGAGAUGUCCCCUGCUAUACUUCCUGUGAUCAUCUUAAUAAUCACAGUACUCAUUGUGGCCCAAUCCUUCAGGAGCCUUCGGAAGAGAAGAUCCUCGGGGCUACCACCAGGAGACAUGGGUUGGCCCAUUAUUGGACAGUCCAUCUCUUUUCUGAAGCCCCAUGCAUCAUAUAAACUGGGAUCUUUCAUGGAGCACAACAUUUCCAGGUUCGGAAAAAUCUUCACGACAAGCUUGUUUGGGAACCUGGCAGUAGUUUCUGCAGAUGCUGAGCUGAACCAUCUCAUACUACAAAAUGAUACGAAAUUGUUUGGACAUGGCUGGCCACAACAUGUUGUUAAGAUGAUUGGGGAGACUGCCACUCCAGUAGCACAAGGAGAUGCCCACAGGUUCCAGAGGUCUAUCUUCCUCAACUUCUUCUGCAGCAGGAGGCUUGAAUCAUGGAUUUUGCCGGAUGCUGAACAGAUUGCCACGAUUCUCAUCAGCUCUUGGGAGAAUAAUUCUGUUAUACGUGCUAAAGAUGAAUCAAUGAAGUUUACCUUCAACAUUAUGGCAAAGAAAACUUUGAGCAUGGCACCAGGUGUGCCUGAAACUGAGAAGCUGCGGACAGAGUUUGAGACAUUUUUAGCAGGGCUUUUCUCACUUCCUCUAAGAUUGCCGGGAUCUGCAUAUUGGAAGGCCUUACGGGUGGGUACAGAGUAUGAAUACAGUGAUAGCCAAUUCCUUCUUCUGCCUAUUAUAUACAGUAAAGAUGUAUCUCUCUCACAUGAAACACAAGCUGGCUCCAAUCUCAUUAUACACACAAAAACAAGAAAAGCAUCAAAAACCAUCAUCUCAAACACUAUCAAGAAAAAAAUGGAAGAGAGGGUGCAAAAGAAGGGAGUCAGCAAUGCAGAAUUGGAAGAUGAUCUCCUUGGCUGGCUUUUGGAUAGCAGCUCUUAUUCAUGGGAGCAGAUCAUUGAUUUAUUGAGGAAUCUGAUUGCCUCAGCCUACCUCACAACAUCGAGGGUCAUACCUAUAGUGAUCUAUUUCCUUGGCAGAUGUCCCAGGGCACUCGAACAAUUACGGGAAGAGCACCUUCGAUCUAUUCGAAGCAAAAGUAAGGGAGGAGAUGGCAAGCUGACAUGGGAAGACUACAAACAUCUGAAAUUCACUCAAUGUGUAGUUAUCAACGAAACGCUACGACUUGGCAGUGGUUCGAUUCUUCCAAAGAAAGCAUGUAUCGAUAUACAAUACAAAGGCUAUGUGAUUCCGCGUGGAUGCACUGUUAUGGCAAACAUCUCAGCAGUGCAUCUGGAUCCUUCGUUGUAUGAGGACCCUGAGAGUUUUAAUCCAUGGAGAUGGCUGGAUGCAUCUGGUAAAGCAAAACUCAAGCACUUCAUGCCAUUUGGAGGAGGGAUGAGGCAGUGCCCCGGAGCAGAGCUUGCAAAAUUGGAGAUCAUUGUCUUCAUCCGCCACCUGAUCCUGAACUAUAACUGGGAGUUAAUUUCGCCCGAUUGCCCUAUUACUGCACCACAUGUCGACUUCCUCAAAGGACUGCCGGUGAAGGUCCAAGCAUUGUUGCUUGAAUAGCAAAUGGCAUUAGAAAGAAUCAUGAAUGCCAGCUUCCGAACUAUAUUUGACAUUAUUUUGAAGAGAAGCAUCUUGGAUCCGAACUGGACUCAGAAUUUUUAAAUGAUCGGUAAUAAUGUACGCAUAAAUAAUGA